AUGGGAGAGUAUGAGCUGGCCUCUUUGGACUCGGAGCCUCUUUAUCGUCCGCCCAGCAUCGCGUCCAAGGCGAGUAGCCAGAAACCAUUGACAGCCACGCCAGAGAAGAAGCGAUAUUUCGGCGGAUGGAGAACCGGUCUGGCCAUUUCUACUUCAGCAGCAGCCUUUGUCACGCUCGCCAACAUCAUCUUCCUAGGCGUCGUCGGAGCGAGGGUUAACGCCAAUGGUGGAGCCCUAUGGACGGGGGACUGCAAGACUGCGAAAGAGUAUUCCCUAUGGCUUCACCUUGCUAUCAACGCGUUGGCUACCGUGCUACUUGGCGCCGGCAAUUAUACGCAGCAGGUCUUGACCGGGCCGACGAGGCAGGAAAUCGACCAGGCUCAUGAUAAGAGGCAGUGGCUGGACAUUGGCGUCUCGUCAAUUCAUAACCUAACUAAAAUUUCUAUCAAAAGAGUGGCCGCUUGGACAGUCCUGGCUUUGAGCUCUCUACCUAUUCACCUACUAUACAACUCGGUGGUCUCUUUCGAAACCAGCGCCAACUACUUCUUGGUCUAUACUGCCACACCCAAUGACCUCAAGGAGCAAACUCUCAGCAACGUAACCAAAACCUACAAGAACCUCAAAAGUUCUCUCAGCGAUUUCGACAAACUUCCAGUUGACGAAUGUCUAUCAACCUAUCGUCGAAAUCUCCUCUCAACCAGAGGUGAUGUGAUUCUAGUCCUAGACACAGAUAUCCCAUACAUAUGGAACAACAAUUCCCUCCCAGUCGAGAUUAACCCAUUGCAGAACCAACCCCCAUCCAGAAAUUGGAUGUGUAACUUGGACAGUGUCUCUGGCUUUGCCGUCUCCCUUCAAGCCUGGGACUGGGAAUGCGAUACGGCGGCCAUCAAAUCGGAAAACUGGACGAUCGAAUUCGAUAUUCAGUUGGAUUCUGGCCUCAAGCCUCGCCAAGCAGUACGGGUUGAUCACUGCUAUAGUAAAUCCACACAUGAACAUUGCAAGGUGGUUGUGAACCUUCCCCUGCUUGGCGGUGUUAUUGCGUGCAACUUUGUCAAGCUUGUUGGUUUGGCUUUGACGUGGCUGUAUCUGGAAAAACGACCUCUCCUAACCCUCGGAGAUGCCGUAGAUUCAUUUCUCACCAAUCCAGAUCCAGCCACCGACAAGCGUCAUCUCAUGUCCAAGGUUUCUGGCAAAAAGCUGUCCUGGGAACCCGGACCUCGCGCUUGGAUUCCUCAGAAGCGUCGCUGGGCCACGGCAGUUUCAUGGAGAAGAUACGGAGUAACAGUUUUUCUGUGUAUUGUAACGAUCAUAGCGGCCGCAGUCCUCCUUAGCAUGGGCCUCAACACGCUGGGACAUCCAAGCAUGACCGCCCUUUGGAAUCGAGGUUUCGGCCAAGUCAAUGUCGACUCUCUCAUUAACUUUUCCGUGUACAACAUCAACGGGGCCACGAAAAUGGUGGUGAUAUCCAACUUGCCCCAGUUAAUCUUAUCCCUUCUAUACACGGCGAUAAACGGCAUGUGGACAACCAUGCUCGUUGGAGCCGAGUGGAAUAGUUACGGAAUGAAACACAAGGGCCUCCGUACGACGUAUCCCGUUGGGAAGCAACGCAAGACAUACUGGCUGUCUCUUCCUUUGCGAUACGGAGUCCCUCUUAUCCUCGGAUCAGCUACCCUCCACUGGCUAAUCUCGCAAUCCAUCUUCUUCGUAAAGGUCGUGCUUUGGAGAAACGACAAGCUGCUAGUGGACAGAUACCCAGACGAAACAACUACAUGUGGCUACUCUCCCAUCGCCAUCAUCUUUUCCAUCAUUCUAGGAAGUCUGAUCCUAUUAGCCACUGUCGGUGGAAGUAUGAGAACGAUGACGCCGGUGAUUCCUUCAGGAGCCACGUGCUCAGCUGUCAUCAGCUCCGCUUGCCACGCACCCGAGGAUGAUGAGGAUGCCGCUUCGGAAUAUGUCAGGUGGGGAGUUGUGCCAGGGACUGAUCAUUGCUCGAUGACCAGCUUCGCAGCGGAAGAUCCGGUGAGCGGGAAGUGGUAUCAGUAG